UCUGGAGAAGCAGUCAAAACACUGCAGAGCCUGCCAUUGUUUUCUGUUUCAAAGCGGAACAGGUCAGCGGGGGAGAAAAAAGGACCCAUAACUGCAGCCAAACAUGGUUUCCGUCUUUAGUUUGUGUCUCAAACAGGAUACAGGAGCAUGAAUGUUAGUUUCAGACCCUCACCACUUGUUUUUGGCUACGAAUGGACAACCACAUAUUGGUCGCAUUUUACCCCAAAACUCCCAGGGACCUUCUGGAUAUCAACUGAUUUGUUGACCUCUAUGGCAAUUAUGAUGUUGAUUUUUCUGCUGCUGUUCAUCCACAGCUUUGAGGGUUUGUCUGGAGCUGAGCAUGAGACGAUGUGCACCUCUAAAGCCUGCUUCACCCUGCAUAUGGACAACAGGAGAUUUGUGGAGGCCGAGCAGAGAUGUGUUCACAACGGAGGUCAUCUGAUGACAGUGAGAGACCAAGAUGAAGAGAAUGUGCUGCACUCACUUCUCUCACAGAUCCAUAGAAAACAUCAGGACAAGGGGCUUAAAUUUUGGAUUGGAUUAAAACUGAACAGCGGGGACUGUGUGAGACCCGACAAGACUCUUAAAGGGUUUAAGUGGGUAUCUGGGGAAGAAAACACCCACUACUCCAACUGGAAAAAAGAACCUGCCACCACAUGCACAUUGGAGAGAUGUGUGAGGAUUCAUUACACUUUAUCGGGGGAGAAACAACUGACAUGGAUUGCAGGAAGUUGCAAAACCCCUAUUUUUUAUGCAUGUAAGUUUUAUUUUAAGGGAAUGUGCAGGCCUUUGGCUCUGUUGGGACUUGGAGAAAUAGUCUACACAGCACCCUUCUCAGAAAAACCUGAAAGAAGUGAAAUGCAAUCAUUUCCGCUGGGAACAAUUGCUGACAUUUUAUGUAUUGACAAACAAGCUCACUAUUCUUUAUGCGUUUGGAGAGACAACACCUUUCACUGGACUGUUCCUGGUCCAUUUUGCAAGACAGGAAACCAAAAUUGCACAAUAAGCAAUGACAGAUGUGAAUAUUUGUGCCGUCAGGAUGCAGACGAGGUUCAAUGCAUUUGUAAAAAAGGUUACAGCUUGGAUGAGGAUGGAGUCACUUGCAGGAUAAAAUAUGAUAUGACUGAAACAACAGCUGUGUCAUUAGUUGACCCAACUACAGAGGAAGAAACACACAAAGAAUUCACUGAGUCUUUAACCAGAACCACAGUCGAGGUCCAACACCAGUCCCCUCACACCGACGCACCCCGUUCUGACCUGGUGAAUGUCACACAUGGUGAAAUGACUGAAACAACAGCUGCUUCAUCAUUUGACCCAAGGAAGGAGGAGAUAACAAAAGAAAACCUCUCUGAGUCUUUAACCAGAACCACAGUCGAGGUCCAACACCAGUCCCCCCAUACUGACGCACCUCUUCCUUACCUUGGGAACAGCACGCAUGGUGAUCAGCAGGGCAACAAAUCCUUGGCAAAAAGUUUCCCCCAGACAGUUAAUUCCAGAGUGCUAAUCUGCGUCCUCGGUUCGGUCAUUCCUCUGUUGAUUUUGGUUGCAGUUACUCUGGCUAUUGCUAUUUUUAGAUGCAGUCGCUCUAAAAAAGAAGCCAAGAAAAAUACUACCACUGAUGGCUACUGUUGGGUAUCUUCUGGUUUGGACCCACGUUUAGAGAAACUGUACAAGUCCAUCUCAACUGACGGCCCAUGACCUGAUAGUGAUGGAGGAGACUGUCUACAUGCAUUAUGUUUAUUUAUGUAAUUUAUGUUCUUGCAACCUCUGUAGGUUAGACUGUGUGUUGUUAAAACAUAUCAAAUCAAAAAUCUGAAACAGCUUUAUUGUCCAUCAGAAGGUGACUUACCUUUCAUAUGUAAACAUGGUUGGUAAAAUAAAUAUUAAAAAAGAAGAAAACCAAGAAGAAAAUAUAGGUGUGCAAAAGAGCAGUUAUGAAGGGGAUGUAAGGGACUCUAUAUAAUAAGGGUGACUGGGUGUAGGAAACAGAUAGUUUGGACUAGAAAAGUUUUGAUUUGAGUUGAACAGUAAGAAGGUUGUACCAGGGUGUAAUGAUGAAAGUGAGCAUUUUAAUGUUAAGAUCAGUCAGCUGAUUUUGUAAUCUGUCUUGUCAUAACUGGCCAUAUUUUCUGCUAAAUUACCAGCAGAGAUAGUUUUAGUAGUAAUAUUCAGAUCUUUACAUAAACCUGCGAUAACAUAUGUUUUUUUGGCCACAAGUUGAGAACUUACACAUAUUGUCACCUUUUAAAGGCCCAGUGUGUAACAUUUAGAAAUGGAAUAUAAUAUUCAAAGGGAGCAGGUGAACUGCCAUGUCUCUAUAGUAACAAAGAAAGAACAAACACCGGAUUUAGAUAGGGUAUUUCGCAAUUUUGUUUCUCCACACGCUUGGAACAUGACGGUAAUGCGAGGGCAACUCCACCGCUAGAUGCCACAAAAUCCUAUACACUGGACCUUAAGUUGAUAUAGUGACCUUGUUAGCAAACAGUUGUGUAUUUACACACAACAUUUAUGGUGCAACAAUAUCAUUUAUUUGGAGUCAUGUUUCUGGCCAUCUGAUUAAGUCCAAUAUUCGCUCUGUUUUAGCUGUUUUUAGUCGCUACCAAAUCCACCCCUUACCAACUGUGUCUGUCUGCUGUGUAAUGGUGAGCAGCUAGUGUACAGUGGGCUUUUAGAGCUUUUCUUACUGAAAAGCAGGCUGAAAAUGAUACUUGUGUAAACUACAAUGGUAAAGUUGUGGGCUGGACAGCUAAACAAUGAGCUGAAAAUCACUGUAAAACUCUGUAAAGCAGAGGGGAGCUGCACUUUCAGGUGGUAAUCCUCUGUAGGUUCAUCACUACGUGUGACCCCUUUCACAUUGUUUUCACAUUGUCAUUUGAUACAUUGUUAUUAUAAAAAUAUCAAUUAUAGCUGCUUUAAGCACAUGUAGUAGAAAAAGUACAAUAUGGACAUUUUAAAUUGUAUUAAAACACUGUAUUAAAAUACAACACUUGGCAAAAUCUA